CCAUGAAAAACAGGAUUACGUUAAGGGUUGGAGAACUCACAAAUAUCUGAGUGAAAACUGGAUAAAUCACAGACAUACCAGCUGGACUGUGGCAGAAGAAAGAAAAGCAGCAGAUAUGUACAAGAAUGACGCCGUCUCUGGAGGUCUGGAAGCAGGGGACAAUGGCUAUGCAAAUGAGAUGAUGUUUAGGAGGGUCCCCCCUCUACCAAUCAUAGUUAACACGGGACCCACAGAAACGGGCAAAGGUGAUUCCUGUUUUCAGAAGAAAUGGUCCAGAACAUCCAAAGUUUCCUUCUUUGUUGUGAUCGCUCUGUUUUGUAAAAUCCUUAUAAUCGUGGGCGUCCUCUUUUCAGCUGCCGGGAGGGAAGGAAAGCAGAGUAAUACGAUGAAUGGAAGCUCCUGUAAAACGUGUCCUUCUGGAUGGAAUCUCAUCAGAUCCAAUUGUUAUUACUUUUCAUCAAUCAGUGAAACUUGGGAAAGUAGCAAAGAGCUUUGUGCAGAACGUAAUGGGAUCCUUGUUGUAAUUAAAGAUGAGUCUGAAAUGUCUUCUUUAUGGCCAACCAUAAAACAAGGAGCAUACUGGAUAGGGCUAAGACGAGAUCCUAAGGACACUACCAUGUGGGUGUGGACAGAUGGAUCGCCGCUGACAUACAGUGUCUGGAAUAAGGAUGAACCCAAUAAUCAAGACAGUGAACACUGUGCAGAAGUUUGGGGAGAAUUUCAGGCAUGGAAUGACCAACCAUGUCAACGCAAGCUGAACUACAUAUGUAAGGGAGUCUGGAAUUGUUAAAGGGGGUCUCCACUAUGGACAGGCCAAGUACUUGAAUGUCCUUCUUCAUAAACCAAUCAUAGAGUGACCCCCUGCUGAGUGACCCCCUGCUGCAAAGCAUAAGAACUCAUCUGAAAACCUAUAUUGUUUACAUGGCACAUUGUGCACAAGCCACUUAGCUCUUAAAGGGUUAUUCUGAAUUAUUGUCCUUUUUUAAAAAACUUUUUUAAUGUGCUCGGCCUGGGGGUGGGAAACUUUCAAGGCAGUGACAGACAUCCAGCACUAAUUCUAUCCAUAGGCCAGAUAUUAUUGUAUUGCAGAGAGACCCUUGUUUAGCCUUUUCCUCUUUGAUGAAGAUGAUAAACUCCUUUUGGAGAUAAAGAACUUAAGAACUUUUUCCUCACAGGGUGGACAAGAACAGUGCCUUGACUGAAGACAGGGUUCCACACAUAUGGUCAAGGUGUAUGUAUAUCUAGCAAGAGCUGAAUUAAGACACAUGUGGCACUGGCAAAAGCCAGGCCUGAACUGGUGACUAACUGGUUUUGGGUCCAUCCCUUCUCCUUGGAAAGGUAGACUGGACCAUGGAUUUCUCCUACAACCAUUAGUUGAGAGGCUCUAGUGACUAAGGCAUCACAAUAUGUUUU